UUCAUAAAAAAUUCAAAGAGGUUAGUGGUGCUGGUUUACGGUUAAUAUAAUCCCCCAUCGCCAUUUAGUUGUGACAGCUAACGCUUUUCCAAAAUGGUUAUUACAUACAAGGUCUUUUUUUCUCAUUUUGAUCCAAGAUACCAGUCAUCUAUAACCAAUGAAUAUUAGGACUUAAAUUACUUUAUUGAGUCAUUUUGGAAUUAUAACUUGGAUUGGGGGAUAUUAAGGACUACCUGAUGGUUCACAUCGUCAAAUUUUCUAUGCAAGAAACAUUUAAAACUUUUUAGCCAUUGAAUUCCUAUACCCCUACCCUUUGCCCCAGAUACCCAAAGCAAAAUGAAAUAAAAUAGUUUUGUUGAGACAAGUUUUGUACCACCCGUUGUGCCAUUUUGUCUCUUUUCGCAAAAAAUUAGCCACUUGCUUGCGAUACAACAGCGAUUAGCAAUGCAGUCUUAUCUCUUUUAUGGUUACUGAGUCAAUACAAGGAGGCUUAAAAUUUUGAUGAAAGGAAAUACAGAUAAGGUUAUAUGUCGUUAAAUUAUUGGCUGUUUACCGUGAAGUGCAUUAGUCUUUACAUAUUCCGAGACUGAUUUAUAUCGGCAAUUCAGCGUUCGUAUGAAUAUUAAAAUUCCUUUUUGACCACCCUUUGUUCCAAUAUUAUCGGAGAUUAUGGGUUACAUUGUAUGAAACCUUUCUUUCUUCAGAUACAAAAAGGUUGAGGUUGGGGGUACAACUGGAUCAAUACUGCCUUUGACAAGCAACUAGUUUCAACUAGAACUCGCUUGGGAAGCAGGCAGAAGGCUGUUGAGGUCUUGUGUAGUCCCCAGCAGUGAGAUUCAAUAAGUCGGAAGGCCUCCUAGCAGAGAAAUAGGUACUCAUUCCAUAAAGCUUCUGCAAUAAAGUAGGCUGUUGCAUUUCAGGUUGGUUUUUCCCUCUACCCGGCAUGGCUGCUCCAUUCAUUACAAUCAUAUUCAUGUCGAUGCUGGCUCUGACCAAAGGAUAUGAAAUCGACCUGCUAUCUGCAUUUGAAGUUGACGAAAACAUUGUUGGCAUAGAUCCAUUGAAUGGGCGAUAUAGAGCCUACCAGUUUUACAUGUACAGUAAGGAAAUCAAAUCAACGCAGUAUAUCGGUUAUGAGAUCCUAGAAAACAUGCUUACCUGGUCAGAAUUUAUCAUCGUUGCUAAUGUGCGCCUCGAUAAAAAUGGCCCAGGAACUGUAUUUGCCAUAGAAACACCAAAAGGUAGACCAAAAUUUGUUUUAUUUAUGGAUUCUCCUGCACAGAAAGUUGGUAUUCGCUCCCACCUGCAAAGGAGUGGGAAAAAGACAUUGACGUUUAAAAAGGUACCCUUCAAACAACAGCAAUGGCAUCGUGUGGUAUUACAUAUGAGGGUUUUGAAUGAAACUAAACCGGUGGUAGAUUUGUAUGUUGACUGUAAAUUUGUUGAACGCAAGAAUUUUCCCAUAUCUAUCAGAGAGGCUUUGAAUGAAGAUAAGGCUCGAGUUGAAUUGCGGCUUGGACAGAUAAAGAACCACGGAAAAGAUAUCAUGAAAUUUGUGGGGGCUAUGCAGGAUGUCAAAUUGGUUUUCAACAGGAACGUUGAUUGGUACACUAGUGCAAGACGUUGUCUUAAUUUGGAAGUGACGCAAACUACCAACAAUAUUCGAGCACAUGCAGACCCAAGUCUUGGAGUUUUGAACGAGAUGAAGGACAUCACUAAAAUGAUAAAGAAUCUUCAAAAUAAAAUGGCCGACCAGGUACGAGAGUCAAGCUACUUGCGCAAAUGGCUAACUAAAUGUGGAAAAUGCAGACUAGAAGGGCCAGCUACUGUGGACACAAAUGAAACUAAAAUAUGCGCAGAAAAUCCAAAUCCGUGCCAUGAAAACGGCUUCUGUACUGAUUUGCCUGGCAGGGAAUUCAGAUGUCAGUGCAAUACGGGUUAUGCUGGCAACGGAAUAUAUUGUGGGAUAGACGAGGAUCUCGAUGGGUAUCCGGAUGAAAAGCAACCCUGCUCUGAAAGAAACUGCAAAAAGGACAAUUGCCCGAUGUUUCCAAACAGUGGACAAGAGGACUAUGAUGGCGAUGGCAUUGGAGACUCGUGUGAUUAUGAUGAUGACAACGAUGGUGUUUCUGAUCGCCAGGACAACUGCAGACUUAGAGCGAACCCGAUGCAAAAAGAUAGUGAUAAAGAUGGCCAUGGUGAUAAAUGUGACAAUUGUCCUUAUACCUCAAAUGCGGAUCAAAUUGACAGUAAUAGUGAUGGCCUUGGAGAUGCAUGCUCAAAGGACAGUGAUGCUGACGGAAUACGUGAUCGUUUAGAUAAUUGUAUGACGACUUAUAACCCUCUUCAAUAUGAUAGAGAUGGGGACAGCGUUGGAGACAAAUGUGACAAUUGUCCUCGAAAAUACAACCCUACUCAGGAUGAUUCGGAUGGUGAUGGAAUAGGCGACGAAUGUGAUACUGGAAAUGAUAUCGAUCGAGAUGGUGUUCAAGAUGAUCUUGAUAACUGCCCAUACGUGCCGAACAGUCAGCAACUGGAUACAGAUGGUGAUGGUAAAGGUAACAAAUGUGAUGACGAUGAUGACAAUGAUGGUAUUGACGACACACGUGAUAACUGCAGGCUUAUACCAAACCCUGACCAAUCGGAUCUUGCAGGCACUGGACAAGGUGAUAUUUGCAAAAAUGACUACGAUAAGGACAAUGUGACUGACCUUAGAGAUGCCUGCCCGGAAAACAACAACAUCUAUUCAACGAACUUCACCAAGUAUCAAACAAUCCGACUUGAUCCUGAAGGAACAUCGCAAGUUGAUCCUCACUGGAUGAUUCUUGACAACGGUGCUGAAAUAAGACAGUCAAGAAACAGUGACCCUGGAAUCGCCGUUGGCUAUACAAAGUUUGAAGGGGUAGAUUUCGAGGGUACAUUCUUUGUUCAUGAUGACAAGGACGAUGACUACGUUGGCUUUGUGUUCAGUUUGCAAGAUAGUAGCUCGUUUUAUGCUGUUAUUUGGAAGAAAACUAGACAGACAUACUGGGUGCCUGAUCCUUUUACUGCAGUUGGAGACGCAGGAAUUACAAUCAAGGCUGUCAAAUCUUCAACGGGACCUGGAAAAUAUAUGAGAAAUGCUCUGUGGAGUUCCAAAAGUACCCGUGGCCAGGUAACGACACUAUGGGAAGAUCCAAGGAAGGAAGGAUGGAAACCAAAGACUGCUUAUAGAUGGUCACUUAUUCACAGGCCAUCAAUUGGACUAAUAAGAGUGAAGAUAUCAGAAGGCUCGAGAUUGGUCAGCGACUCAGGCUACUUGCUUGAUCAGCAGUUUAGAGGCGGAAGAUUGGGCGUGUUUAUCUUCUCUCAAAAGCACGUUGUCUUUUCGAAGCUUUCAUAUAAAUGCAUUGAUGAUAUACCAUCUGACUACAAUCCAGAACUUCCAAAGUGAAAGCAUAAAGUCGACGAUGGUGAAUUGGCUUCCUUGGGAUUUUGAUUUCAUGUAGAUAUGCUAUUACCAGCUGCAAGAACUUUCAAGAGAUGCAUUGUAUUCUCCAAGUUUAAAAAGGACUGAAUUUGUAUUGAACGAGUUUUUCUGUAAGUAUCGUAUGUAUCGCUAAUAAAAGGAAAUAAAUUGUAAAAAUGCUAUUUUUAGAGAAACGAUUUUUACUCAGUGUCGCGUUCUACUUAGAAAUACUGUAUUCGUUUCAUAACAGCACUGACUAUGAAGAGGAUCUUUUAGUUAAUUUACUCAAAGCAAGAUUUCGAUGUCACAACACUGAUUUAGCUGCUAUAGUUUGUUUGAAAAUUUCACCAGCAUCGUUCUUGUCAAGCUAUUUAGAUCAAUGAGCCUUCAAUAGAUCUAACACGAAAAGUAAUAUGACUGGAUUAAUUCAAUGACUAGUCUGUUACACCUUUAAAUUAACAUUUAGAUCUUUACCUUUUAUCAAUUCAGAAGCAUAGAAUAGAAUAGCUUGUUUGCAAAGAUGCUAUCACUUGUUGACUCAACCUUGAUAGCAAAAUAGUUGAGACUGUUUGCAUCAAACAACCUUGUAGUCAAGCGGGCCAUCAUUUUUUAAUAUCCAAGGAUUUGACGAAAGAGCUAGACUCUCUUACUUACUUAGACUUGGCUUUCGGGUAGUUAUUCGCAAGGAUGAUAACAAUCUCUUUUGGGUAAUUAGGCCUACAGUUAUUUAAUGGUCAUUGAUUUUAAUUUCCUAUAAACUUUGUAUUCAAAACAUUUUCACCAGAAAGUACGAUAUAAAGCUUUCUUGCAGCGCAGUUAACUUAUUAUGUUGCAGCCAGAGACUCAAAAGCUUUAUUUUUAAAUCGUUGUCAUUAAAAUCGAACUCUUCGUUGGAGAUUUUUUUUCAAAGGAAUUGGUAAUUGCUUAACGUGAUUUGAUAAAUAAACUCUUUGAUAUUGAAAGUUGUCUGUCAUUUUUUAAAUCCAUGUUUGUCAAACAAGGAACUGCGUUUAAAGGGUGAUAAUAGAUUUGAAACCAAAAUUAGUUUCGUAUUUUUCAAAUUAAAUUUAAGGUCGUGAUCGUUAAAAUAGAAUCUGACUCAUUAUGCCGUCAUGAAGUCUUUGAACUUUUAUUGAAGUGUCAGAAUCACUAUCCAUAACAACGCUUUUCAUUUUACCGGAUGGUCUAACCAUGACAUGUUCUCGUGUCGCUAAUGGAAAGACUUCUCCCUUAGAGAGUUUUUUG